AUGUUGUGUGUGAAAAAAUUGAUUUUGUUUGGCCUGCUCAUAAUGAGCCAGGCCGUGGCCUCCAUGGACAUGGACAUGUCUCAUGACCACUCGACCGUUGAUCUCUCGACCGUUGACUUGUCUACUAUCACCCCAGUGCCACAUGAAGGCGGUCACCAUCACGGAACCCCCAUACUGGAGCAAAACCUCACCCCCGCAGAGAGACUCUAUUGGGAAGCCUACAACACUACUACCUACUUCACUAUUGAGUCACCUUACAAGAAGCACCUCACCAUCCACAUGGCGCUGAUGCUGCUUACUAACGUGGUGAUCUAUCCGGUGGUGCUCAUCCUCAACAACAUCAAAUCCGGCUGGUUUUUGCCUGGUCUGACAGUCCAUGUGCUGCUCACAUUUAUCUCGUUGUUCAGCUACUGGAUAUUCAUUGGAAAUGUUCCGGACUUGUUUCCGAACAAUGCAUACUCAAGAAUGAGUCUGGUUCUGUUCUUUCUCACUGGUUUCCACUUCGUCUUCUCCAUUAUUCAUUAUGCUACCAAUUGGGUAGACUCGGUUGGUACACUUCCCCGGGGUCGGUCCCAGUUCAUCCCUCUUGAGGACUAUUCUCAUGACGGUUCGCAGUCCCCUUCUUCCACGCUGUAUGAUUUCGAUCAUAAUGGCUCUCAUGACUCGGGUAUGUUUCACUUGGGAGAAGGGUUGGACGAAGUCUUGAGUUCUACUGAGACCGGCAACGGGCCUGACAUGGCCUCUAAUGAUCUCGGUCUCAAGAACUUCUCCGCACAGCCUUCGAAAUGGUCCCUCAAGAGAGACCAGAUCCUCGGUAAAAUCCUCAAUCUCAAGCCAAUUGAAGCAAUUGUUCGCUUAUUCUCCAGCGUCUCUUUUCUCGUCUUCAACAUCCUCAACUGGGGUCUUUUUGUUUUCUUCUUGAUCUACCUGCCAACAGGCGUUGCCUGUUUGAACCUUAUGGGAAAGGGAGACAAAAUUUUCAACCUUUUGGCCCAUUUCAUCAAGGGUGGUGUUUUUGUGUUGCUUGGAAUUGUUUCUUUAGCUAGAUAUUGUGGUGCUUUUUCCAAAUUGGGAAUGGCAUGGAACUUUUCCUUCAUUUCACGGUACGAAAAGCCUGAAUCAAUUUGGUUCAGAAUCCAGCCAAGCAGUGACAUGAUCACCAUGGAAAUGAUUGAAAGUUCCUUGAUUUUGUUUUACGGCUCUACAAACAUUUUCUUGGAGCAUCUGGCUGCAUGGGGCGAAGCUUGGACCGCGAAGGAUCUCCAACACGCCUCUAUCGCAUUCAUGUACAUAGGUUCAGGACUAUGUGGCGUGUUGGUCGAGCGUCGUCUGGCUGCAUGGAGAAGGGACAAGUUCACUUCUGUGUGUAACCAGAACAACAUUGACACAGCGGAUAUCUUGCACGGUUCCCCUGGCUACUCUCCAAACCCAUUUCCUGCUUUCACCAUAUUCUGGACUGGAUUGUUGAUGUCACAGCACGCGCAGGCAUCUGCGGUCUCCACUGCUAUUCAUGUUCAAUGGGGAGACCUGCUAACCUACGGUUCAUUUUUCAGAAUUCUCACCUACAUUCUGCUCAACUUCACCCCUUACUAUAAGGGAUCGCUGUUCAACCCUUCUAGGCCUUUGACCGAGCUGAUUACCUCUUUUGCCCUCCUGUGUGGUGGUUUAGUGUUCAUGGAGAGCACAGACCAGAUUGUGGAGGCUAUUGAGUACAGAGGUCUUACGGGUAUGUUCACCCUCAACGUAAGUGUUGGUGUCGUUGCGCUUGUAAUGGGUUGGAUCAUGACCAUUUUCUCCAUCAAGGAUUGGCUGAAGGCAAGACAACUGUCUUGA